GUAUACAUAGGUACCUAGUUCGGUUUAGGUGAUUAGUCGUAGUAGAGCUUAUUGACUUAGUUUAUAAUUAUCUUCAAUAAGUUAUUUUUCAUGCGACGAAAAGCUAUUAAGUUUCCGUUGAUGGAUACAUAUGAGUAAAUAAAAGCCGAAUGCUCGGAUUAAUUGCUUAAAUAAUAAUUGCAUUUUUAAACCAGACAUUUGGGUAUUUAAAACGUCGACUUGAGAGAUUGAUCGUUGUAUGUAUAGUGAUUGGUCUGUCGUUACACGAGAUUUUUUGACGGUAUUCAAAAUGGAAAAAAUCAUAUUUUUCGUCGUAUGCUCGUUGGCUGUAUUCGAGGGAUACGUGGCUGACGCUCAGCUCAAUAUAGACACCGUCAACCCAACUGAUGAAAUACCCAUAACUGAGCGAGCUGAAUUACAAAUCAUUAAUCUCUGCACCGAGGUACCAUCGAUGUACGAACAAUUGGUAGAAUCCUUCAACGGUGAAAGUUCGUCGCCUAUGCCAGAUCCCCAACAAUUACAACAAUUCGAAGAUAAAUUGAAAGCUAAAACCGAAGAAUUGAGGCAAUACGUAUCCAAAUACGACCAAAGUGUUUCAGCCACUGAUCCGGAUGCGCAAACCAUGCAAAAUUUAAUGUCUUCCGCCGUAGACGAGCUUGUGCAGUCGAUUACCAAGAUCAAUGACGAUUUUAAUACGGAAAUUACCCAAACCAGCGAGUCUGUGGCUGCUGGAGUUGAUAAACGUCCUGAACUCAUGCAACAGUAUGUCAGACCAGCUAUGGUGAAAUUUGAGGAAUUCUGCUUGCUACAGACGAAAGAUAUAUUGAAGAAUAUUUUGCAAGAUUACGAAGCGACUUUAUUAUCGUAGUUUGGCUCUGGGUUUUAACAAGCCGUCUCGUAUAUUAGAUUUAUAUGCUAAAUCGUGUUCGAUGAUAGACGUAGAAAUUUUGUUUAUUUUAUGGAAUACGAUUAUUCUCGAAAUAUAUUUAUAAUGGUUAUUUA